CAUUUCAUUUCGAAUUUUGCCUUCAUGUGUUAAACAUUAUUGUCUCAAAAACUUUCCAUAGACUAACUUUGGCCCUAUUACUUUCAAAAUUUAGUUAUCGCAUUUAUCCGCUUUUAUAAUGAGUCAUUGUUUCAAGAUUGGUUCAAUGCAGGCCUGUUUAAGGUCAUAUAUGAAGCACUGCCAUGUAAAACAAAAAGUUAAUACGCCUCGCGAAUGCCCGCCUGGUCCCCUACAGCGUUUGCUGGCCAAGAAAAAAAGCAGUCAAAGCAUGAUGAGGACUAAUCGAUUAAAUAGAGAUAUACAUCACCGUAAGUUGAACCAUUCUACCCGGACAUUCUCUAAUUUAAGUUCAGAGGGCGGGGUCAAGGACAAAGACAUGGCUAAUUUCGAUUUGGUGAAUUUUGAACCCAUUGAGCGCAAUGGCGAUUACUGGCAAGUUCUGGUGACACUUAAGAAAAGGAAUGCCGAUGGUCGCCACCUGAAACACCGUACGAGUAGCCGUCAAUUGGGUGUGACCAAUGCAGUUAGUGCCAUACGUUUGGGUAGCUUCUAUAAGGAUUUGAGUUCACCGCAAAAAAUGAAACGUCUCGAUAUGCCGAAACUCGUUCGAUAUGUGAAGCCAAGCAGAAAACAUUUAGAUUCCCAUAAGGUCAUAGAGUCCAUAAGCAAUUUGCUUACGGUGGCCACCGAAAAGGUUCUCAGGCGACAUGAUCGAGUCGAUAGAAAGAGAUUUAUUGGCAAACACAUUGCAGUUCCAAGGGCAUUGAAAGAAAUAGAAACCGAAAAGUUACCUACGACUGAGGAGUUACUUUCCAAAUUUCGAAGAAAAAUUGUAAAAGUGGAUUCGAAAAAUCAAAAAAAAAGUGAGCCAUUAAUGCAUUCAAAAGAUUCUGAUUCAAGGUUGAAAGAAAUAGAAACCGAAAAGUUACCUACGACUGAGGAGUUACUUUCCAAAUUUCGAAGAAAAAUUGUAAAAGUGGAUUCGAAAAAUCAAAAAAAAAGUGAGCCAUUAAUGCAUUCAAAAGAUUGUGAUUCAAGGUUGAAAGAAAUGGAAACCGAAAAGUUACCUACGACUGAGGAGUUACUUUCCAAAUUUCGAAGAAAAAUUGUAAAAGUGGAUUCGGAAAAUCAAAAAAAAAAAGAGCCAUUAAUGCAUUCAAAAGAUUCUGAUUCAAGGUUGAAAGAAAUAGAAACCGAAAAGUUACCUACGACUGAAGAGUUACUUUCCAAAUUUCGAAGAAAAAUUGUAAAAGUGAAUUCGAAAAAUCAAAAAAAUACUGAGCCAUUAAUGCAUUCAAAAGAUUGUGAUUCAAGGUUGAAAACUUUAAGGAAUCAAAUUCAAAAGAGUCCCUUAACAAAGAGCAUCCCCCUGACUGCCAGUUCAGAGUGCCAUGCUAAAGAAUCUGAAAUUGUGCCUCGACAACAUAAAUGGUUGCUGGGUUCGAUAAGAAAGUCCUCAUCAAAUAUUAAGCGAUUUCCAAGAAUUCACAUCAAAAUUCGCGGUUCCAUAAACAUUAAACGCAAUUCACUUGGCCAAUUCAAGGGAACUUCUCAAACAAAAGUCUUAACUACGACUCCAAAGAAUGGCGGCUCGAUCUUUUGAUUAGAUUCAACAAAUUCUUACUAAAUUAACUAAUUUACCCGGUUUCGUUUUAGAUAUUUUAGACAUAUGUUUCUUUCUUUAAAAACUCCCGAUGGCGAGCAUUGUAAUAUUUGAUAUUUUGAUCAACAAGUGAGAAUAAUUGGACUACCCCACUGAGCAGAGGAGCAGAGGAAAGAGUAUAACGUUGACAAAAUCGAUAUAAUAUUUCCAAUUAAUUAGUAUUUGGAAUUAUUUGCUUAUUGAUUUGAGUGCUUUCUGUUUACCAAACCAAAUUUGGGUGCGUGGCGCAUGCAAAGAGUUUAGAUAAAAUCAAAUACUAUUGAUUAUAUCUCCCGAUAUAUAUAUCCAAUUUGCAUUAUUAGGAUGGCAUAACCGAGGCUGCUGCUCAUGAUAUUGAAGGCGCAACGUUUGUCCAGGCUAAACAUGCCCAGGACAUGUUUAGGAGGACACUUCGAGGAGACCGUGGCAUGCAUUAGCUGGGCUAUUUGGCACUGAAACCCAAAAGGAUUAAAUGAUAACAUUUUUAUGCAUUUUUGUAUGUAUGUAUGUACCCACCUCUCCUGUAUCGAUUUGGAAUUCCAAGGAGUUAAGCUGCCGAAAUAGUUGCUUUUCCUCGGCUAACAGAUACUCACAAACUAAUUGAAUUAGUAAAAUGUCCAACAACUUAAUUAGAAAGGAGAAGAUUGUUAGCUGCACUUUGAUAUUCCAGUAUUGACCAUCUCUGGUUAUCAUAUAGGCCAAGUAGAAGGUACAUGUAUUAAAAAAUAGAUGUGCCAGCAGGACGAUGACUAUUUCGAGGGCAAACAACUGAUGAAUCCGGCGCGUCAUAAGCGACAGCUUCGCCUGCCGACACAAUUUAGUCCAGAAUUGCAAAUUUCCAUCGGCAGCAUUCAAUCUCAUGGUCUCGGCCAAUUGCAGCAGUAUGAGCAUGUAGGCCAACAUGUGAGAGAACAUUAUAUUGAAAUUGAAGAUAUAAUAUAAAUUGCAGAAAAUGUCCAUCCGUGUGAGACGUCGUGACUCGAUCACAAUGAGUAUCCCAACCAGUGAACUGGUGACUUGAUGUACAUAGGUAAAUGCCUUGGUCAGCAACAGGACUUUGCAGGUGGAAUUGAAUGAAUGCUUUAGCUUCCACAUCCGACAGAGUGACAUCAAUUGAUUACACAGACGACAUAUUUCCUUCUCGUUUGUCAGACGCUGAACCGAUUGAGCGACUAUAACUACCAAAUGCAGACUCAUAUUAAUAGUGCAAAUCACAUUGAGUAAUUCGAAGUGCCGAAAAUAAGAUGGUAUAAAGUAUUUCUGGCCAUGGGUAAAGUAAAAAUAAUAGCCGCCUAUAGAGAAGCAGAGCGCUAAUCCACUGUAGAUCCUCAACCAGGUGGAACGUACCAAUUGAUGACGUUUCCUGCUAUAAUAAUAACUUGUCAUGCCCAGUAAACCGCAGAUAAGCAGCCAUCGGCGUGCCAGAGACUUGCAUAACCUAUCCACUUGCAUGUUCUACACCAACUGUUGAUGGGCAACAGUUGCAAACUGACACUCCUUGCUGCGGUUCAUUGGAUUUGGCAGCAAAUAUGACCAGAUGUAUUAUCGCGUAUACGACGUGGACUCUGCAGCCCAGAAGUAUGCAACGAAAAUGUUUUGUUUCCACCCACACUUGGGUCAUCAAACUGCAAACAGUUAAGGACUUGCAAUUAAUUAACGAUUCUUAUCAAAGGACAAUGGGAAAUUGUAUUUCUUAAUGGCCUAUGAAGUUCUCGAAAAUGUUUUAUUAUUGCACUAUGAAUAUGGUUUGCCAUAUUGCUUGCCAGGAUCUCUAGAGUUAAGGAUUUAAAAACAAAAUUAUUCAUAAUUUAGCUAUCGAAAUUUUCUACACAAAUUGGUCUAUGCUGCUUAUAAAGAUAUUUUUCAUACCUUUUUCCUGCAUUUGUAUACAAUUCAUCAAAAAUCGUGACAAAAUUUUCAAGUAUUCAUUGAGAUAUCAAAAUAAAGAGGCAACUUUUUAAAAUUA